AUGGUUUCUUGGCUGGUAAUCAUAGCUGCACUGGUAGCCUUUGCGGCCUUGGUCGUGUCACUAAUGGACCGAGUCUACUUGGACCUCACCGGCCGUUACGUCUUGGUCACCGGCUGCGACUCGGGCUUCGGCAACAUCCUCGCUAAGUACCUUGGGCCGAAGCGCGGGUGUCAUGUGAUUGCGGGCUGCCUGACGCGAGCCGGCAUGGAGGACGUCAUGUCUGGCGCCCCCAAGGGGACCGUGACAGCUAUCCCGAUGGACGUCACCGACACGAAGAGCAUACUGCAGGCUCGCGAGGAAGUUGUCAGGAUUGUGGCAGGAAAAGGCAAGUGUCUGUGGGGUCUCGUCAACAACGCCGGCGUGACCGGUAACAUCGGCCCUAUUCACUGGCACAAGAAGCGAGAGAUCCAGCGCAUUCUGGACGUCAACCUGAUGGGGACCAUCGAAGUCACCAACGUCUUUUUCCCGCUGAUACGCCAGGGGCAGGGACGCAUCGUCAACGUGUCCAGCGCCUUGGCCUUACUGCCGGCAAUGGUUGGCGGAUACUCCAUUUCCAAGAUAGGGGUGGAAGCCUUCUCAGACACGAUGCGCACGAGUUCCAAAGCAUUUGGCGUGACAGUCCACAUACUAGAGCCAGGCUACUUCAAGACAAACAUAACGUCAGUGGAUGUAAUCACGGCCUCGGCUGAGAGAAUGUGGAAGAGGCUACCACCGCAGGAGAGAGAUAUCUACGGCCAAGAGUACUUUGAUACAUUGAAGGAAAAAGUGACUCUCCAACUGUUGAAGUCGUCGCCGAAGUUGCAUCUGGUCACCGACGCCAUGGAGCACGCCCUCUGUGCACGCUGGCCGUGGCGGCGCUACAUGCCGGGAAUGACGUCAAGCUUCUACACAAACCCUCUCUAUGGUACCGGCCGCGGUGACCGAUUUCAUCUCGGGGUUGUUAGUGUUCAGGAAACUUCCCGUUGCCCAGCCUAG